AUGGCCCCAGAACCUAUCUUCUCCUCUCCACCCACGAUUCAUCCCGGGGAUUCCAAUGAUCGCUCUCUGCGCGUGGUUAGUUCGCGACCUCGACCACAAUGCUGGGAGCACGGGUGCGAGGGUCGUGAGUUUUCAACAUUCAGCAAUCUACUGCGACACCAGCGCGAGAAAUCUGGCGUCGUCGCCAAGGCAGAAUGCCCCGUUUGCGGAGCCGUGUUUACUCGCACGACGGCACGAAACAUCCACGUUGCGCAGGGCAAGUGCAAGGGCACGGGGCGAGAAUCUUCGGCGGAAUAA